AUUUGGAUUGCGUCAUAAUUCAUGGCCGCACUUGUUUUUGAGGCAUCAACGCUGAGUAACGUUAUAGUCACAGGUUUUCACUAUUGGCACAGUAACAGGAUCUGACACUGCUAUACGAGGAUGACAGGGGGGUUAAAGGGGCUGCUGCUUCUCUCUCUGUGUCUGGUGGUGUGGACAGUGCCAAUAGAUCGCAACGCAGAUCCCCCUCAGGAGGAGAAAACGGAGGAGAAUGCGGACACUGGUCUGUACUAUGAUCGCUACCUGAGAGAGGUGAUUGAGGUGCUGGAGACAGACCCUCACUUCAGAGAAAAACUCCAGACAGCCAACACAGAGGACAUUAAGAAUGGGCGCCUCAGUAAGGAGUUAGAUUUGGUGGGCCACCACGUAAGGACCCGACUGGAUGAGCUAAAGAGACAGGAGGUUUCACGCCUCAGGAUGCUGCUGAAGGCUAAAUUGGACAGCACCAAUGCACAGAGUGUUCAGAUGGAUCAUGCCUCUUUGUUAAAGCAGUUUGAACAUCUGGAUCCUCACAAUCAGAACACCUUUGAGGCCAAAGACCUGGAGUUACUUAUUGCCACGGCUACUAAAGACCUGGAGAAUUAUGAUGCAGAGCGCCAUGAAGAGUUUAAGCGGUAUGAGAUGCUGAAAGAACACGAGCGGAGGGAGUACCUAAAAAGUUUGGACCAGGAGAAGAGAGAAAAGGAGGAGAGGAGAAUUGAGGAGCUUAAAGAAAAGCACCGGCAACAUCCUAAAGUUAAUGCUCCAGGAAGUGAGGAUCAGUUACGUGAGGUUUGGGAGGAGACAGAUGGGUUGGAUCCACAGGAGUUUAAUUCCAAGACUUUCUUUAAGCUGCACGACACAAAUGGCGAUGGUGUGUUGGAUGAGCAAGAGCUGGAGGCCCUUUUCACAAAAGAGUUGGAAAAGGUAUACAAUCCAAAGAAUGAAGAGGAUGACAUGAUGGAAAUGGAGGAAGAGAGGCUGAGAAUGCGAGAACAUGUCAUGCAAAACGUAGAUAUAAAUCGUGAUAGGCUGGUCAGCCUGGAGGAGUUCCUCAAAUCAACGGAGAAGAAAGAGUUUAACAACGCAAAGGAAUGGGAGAUGCUAGAUGACACAAAGCCAGUGUACACGGAAGAGGAGCUGCAGCGCUUUGAAGCAGAACUUCGGGAUAAGGAGGUUGAGCUUGGUAGAAGGGCAGAGAAAUUAAGACAGGAGCAGGAACUUCUCAAAGAGAGAAGCAAAGCACUGGAAGCCCAGAAAAGAGAAUAUCAGCAGGCUGUAAUGGAGAUGUCGCAAAAACAAAAGGAGCAACAGGCAGUUAACAGACAACCUCCCUCUGGGCCUAAUGACGAACUCCUGUUUCAACAAGAGAUCCAGAAACUAACAAAUGAAGACAGUCCGGUGGUUAAAGUCCCUGUUGAUCAGAAUGGAGAUGUUCAGAGUAAGCUGCCAGCUGAGCCACCACAGAAUCUGCCUCACCACACCCCCUAACACACACUUCUAUGUGCUUUUAAUACAAAAGGACUUAGAGACAUUAUAGCAUACACACCUCAGUAUGCACUCCCCAAAUCACACACUCUCAUGUUGACUUCUUUAUCCUCUGCUUCAACCAAAUCUGCUCAGAUUCCUAAACCUGUAGCCACCUUAUAGGCCGUGAAAAUGCUACGCUUAGGAACUUGUAUGCUUACUCGUAUUUGGUACAGUGGAAAUCAUGUUAACAUUUUAGUUAAAAGUCCUUACCUUUGCCCUGGUUUCAUUGUUAGGGUUUUCUGUCUUGAUUUGCUUUAUAAUGCAACAGAGAAACUCAAUAAGGCAUCAGCUUGUUUCUUGAACAAAUGGAAUAAUACGGUUCUUCUCUGUGGAUUACAUGUUUCUCUGAUAUGAGGUUUACUGAUAGAGGAGCACAUAUUCAUAAACCAAGCAUACAGUAUUGACCUUAUUCAGAGUGGUGACAAAUUUAAUUUUUGACAGGAAAACGAGUCUGUGAGGGAUAAACUUACAGUCUCUUCAAUAUGUUGUACUGUUGUUUAAAUUGGAGUCUUUCCAAAAAAAAAUUCAGUAGACCAAAACUAUGAGAAUAGUUGUGAUUUUUAUUUGAUACAUUUUAUUUGGUCUAGAACCUUUAGAAUGAUUUAUUCAGUAAAUGUAAGACAAUCCCUAAAGCCUUGUUUCCAUUCCUGUGAAAAAAAAAAAAAUGUGUAUAUGUAUGUAUGUAUGUAUAUAUAUAUAUAUAUAUAUACACAUACACUCACUGGCCACUUUAUUAGGUACACCUGUACAUCUAUAUAUUCAUGCAAUUAUCUAAUCAGCCAAUCGUGUGGCAGCAGUGUAAUUUAUAAAAUCAUGCAUAUAUGGGUCAGGAGCUUCAGUUAAUGUUCACAAUAACCAGAAUGGGGGAAAAAAAUGUGAUCUCCGUUAUUUAGACCUUGGCAUGAUUGUUGGUGCCAGAAGGACUGGUUUGAGUAUUUCUGUAACUGCUGAUCUCCUGGGAUUUUCACGCGCAACAGUCUCAGGUCAGCGGAGAAUGGCCAGACUGGUUCGAGCUGACAGAAAAGCUACGGUAACUCUGAUAACCCCUCUGUACUAUUGUAGUGAGCAGAAUAGCACCUCAGAAUGCACAACACGUCCAACCUCAAGGCGGAUGGGCUAUAACAGCAAAAGACCACAUCAGGUUCCACUUCUGUCAGCCAAGAACAGAAAAAAACUAAGGCUGCAGUGGGCCUACCAUUUGUGUACAUUACACUGCUGCCACACAAUUGGCUGAUGAGACAAUCGCAUGAAUAAGUAGAUGUACAGGUGUAUCUAAUAAAUUGGCCAGUGAAUAUAUAUAUAUAUAUAUAUAUAUAUAUAUAUAUAUAUAUAUAUAUAUAUAUAUAUAUAUAUAUGGUGCUGCUCUGAAUAAGGGCUGUUGUUCAGAAACUGCAAUGUGCAAUGAAUCUACUUUAUAUUCUUGAUGUAAUACAAAAUCCCAAUUAUUUUAUGACAGUAUUGUAUUUCUCUCAUUUAAUAAAUUAUAUUUGAAUGUUA